CGCCUCCUCCAUCGACGGUCCGCAGGCGAGCAGAGAGCCGGGAUUUCGGCGACACACAUCUUCCCCUCAGUGAUGGAGAGCCUGCUGGACAACCCGAUGAAAGCCGUCUUGUACCUGAAGGAGCUCACCACCAUCGUGCAGAACCAGCAGAGCCUCAUCCAGACGCAGCGGCAGCGCAUCGACGAGCUCGAGCGGAAGGUCGAAGACCUGAUCGGCGAGAACAGACACCUGCGGGACCCCCAGCAGUACGUGCAGCAGCAGCAGCAGCAGCACACGCAGCCUCCACCAGCGCACGCCCACCCGCAUCAGCACCACCAGAGCGGCGGCAACAAGGCUGCAGCGCACAGCGGCCAGCAGGCGCAGCAACAGCAGCAUCAUCAUCAUCAUCAUCACCAACAGCAUCAUCAUCAUCAUCACCAGCAGCAGCAGCAGCAUCAGCAACACCCGACCCCUCCUGCUCCGGCUCCGGCUCCGGCGCCGCAUCACCCGCAGCAGCUCCAGCUGGUGCCCACCUCGCCACAGUCUCCCCAAGCUAGCCAAGCCAGUCCGGACCCCAGCGAGGAGGGCAAGAGGAGCCCCUGCUGCAAGUCGCUGGUCCCGCAGACCCCCACCACCUUGUGCCGCUCGGUCGGACUGGCCAGGAAAGCAGACAACCAAACCGUGCUUCAUCAGUUCUGCUGCCCGGCCCCGGACGCCCCGGAGGGUGAGGUCUUGUCCGCCUGCGUGCCCAGCGAUGACCUUUCUCCAGACCCGUCAGUGGGUGAGGAAGGGGAGGGAGGAGAGGGGGAGCUGCAGAGUGAGGCCCAGUCACAACCACAGCCCCAAGAGACUCCGCCCCCGGAGCCUGAGUGCGAGCCUCAACCGGAGCAGUCGCCGCCCGAAACUGAACAGGAAUUAAAACCUGAACCAGAAGCAGAGCUCGAGAUUCAAGUUGAAUCCUCGGGCGGGGACGAAGCGCAGGAAGUUGCACCGCCCCCCGGUGGCCUGGAGGAAGAGUGCACAGCAGAGGAGGAAACUAAGGGAAAUCAGGAAGCAGGGGAUGCUCAAGAUAAGGAAGAAGAGGAGGAGGAGGAAGGGGGAGGAGCUAAAGGAGGCGGAACGACGAGGAGAGCCAGCCUCCAUCACACGGCCUCGCCCCUGAGGGUGCAGCGUAACGGGGCCGGCUCGCACUCGGCCACCUCCGACUAUGAGCUCUCGCUUGACCUCAAAAACAAGCAGAUCGAAAUGUUAGAGCACAAAUACGGCGGCCACCUCAUUUCCCGCCGUGCCGCCUGCAAGAUCCAGACCGCUUUCCGCCAGUACCAGCUCAGCAAGAACUUUGAGAAGAUCCGCAACUCCCUGCUUGAGAGUCGCCUGCCACGCCGAAUCUCCCUGCGCAGGGUGCGCACACAGAACACGGAGGGCUUCUCGGCCGAACGGGCCCUGGCGGAAGGCUGCAACCUAGCGGGCAUCCCCCUGGUGAGGUCGCCGUCACUGCCCACCACAGUGGGUGGCUCGCUCACCGACCUAGAAGACUCCUUCACUGAGCAGGUCCAGUCGCUGGCGAAGUCUAUAGACGAUGCGCUCAGCAACUGGAGCUUGAAAACUAUGUGCUCAUUGCAAGAGGGCGGUGCUUAUCAGUUCAAUGCAGCACCGGUGGGAGGACAGGGAGAGUCUGCAAUUCACCAAGGCCCGGUUGACCCGAGUGAUCUGUCCAAAAGCGCAAGCAAGCUCAUGAUGGCCUUCCGGGAUGUGACGGUCCAGAUUGACAGCCAGAACUUUCGGGUUUCGUCUUCUGUCAUGGAGUCAUCAGCUUCCGUCACGUUGGGCAGCUGCACUCAACGAACCACUUCCAUUACAGAAAACUCCGCUCCGCUCUCCGACAUGUCACAGGAACCACAUGCUCCCCCAGCAGCUGACACCAUAGACCCUCCGCCACCACCUCAAGAGCACCCACCUCCCCCAGAAAUAGACUUGGACACAUGUGAUCAGGAUGUUGAGUUCCCCGCUCCACCACCGAGUGAGGAAGAGCUCACGGGUGAGGAGGACCUGCAGUCCUUGACCCCCAUUGACAAAACGGCUCCCCAACACAUCCCAGAGGAGGUUGCGGUGGUGGCGCCUCCUCCGCCGGAGCUUCCUAAAUUCCUUGCUGCCACCGCCGAGCCGCUGGAAGUCAAGCGAAGUGGCUCGGAGACGGUCGACAACAGCUCGGAGCAGAUGAGCAGCAGCAGCGCUUCCACGGAGGCCCGCUCCACGUCGGAGGCCUCCUCCAAGGAGGCGCUACAGGCCAUGAUCCUCAGCCUGCCCCGAUACCACUGUGAGAACCCCGCCAGCUGCAAGUCGCCGACGCUGUCCACAGACGUCAUGAGAAAACGCCUCUACCGCAUUGGCCUCAACCUAUUCAAUGUAAAUCCUGACAAGGGCCUGCAGUUCCUGAUAUCGCGAGGAUUUAUCCCUGACACCCCCAUCGGCGUGGCCCACUUCCUGCUGCAGAGGAAAGGUCUGAGUCGACAGAUGAUCGGGGAGUUCCUGGGCAACAGCAAAAAGCCCUUCAACAGGGACGUCCUCGACUGCGUGGUGGACGAGAUGGAUUUUUCGGGCAUGGAGCUGGACGACGCGCUGAGGAAGUUCCAGGCCCACAUCCGCGUUCAGGGAGAGGCGCAGAAGGUGGAACGUCUCAUCGAGGCCUUCAGCCAGCGCUACUGUAUGUGCAACCCUGAUGUGGUGCAGCAGUUCCACAACCCGGACACCAUCUUCAUCCUGGCUUUCGCCAUCAUCCUGCUCAACACAGACAUGUACAGUCCCAACAUCAAGCCCGACCGCAAGAUGAUGCUGGAGGACUUCAUACGCAACCUCCGAGGUGUUGACGAUGGAGCGGACAUCCCUCGCGACAUGGUGGUGGGCAUCUACGAAAGGAUACAGAUGAGAGAACUGCGCUCCAAUGAGGAUCACGUCACUUACGUCUCCAAGGUGGAGCAGUCCAUUGUGGGCAUGAAAACAGUUCUGUCGGUGCCUCACAGAAGGCUGGUGUGCUGCAGUCGUCUGUUUGAGGUGACGGACGUCAACAAGGCCCAGAAGCAGGCGGCGCACCAGCGAGAAGUGUUCCUCUUCAACGAUCUCAUUGUGAUACUGAAGCUUUGUCCAAAGAAGAAGAGUUCAGCAGCCUACACGUUCUGCAAAGCCCUGGGCCUUCUCGGCAUGCAGUUCCACUUGUUUGAGAACGAAUACUACCCUCAUGGUAUCACCAUCCUCUCGCCGUUUGGCUCCGACAAGAAGCAGGUGCUGAACUUUUGCGCCCAAAGUGCGGAGGAGCUGCUCAAGUUCAUAGAAGACCUGAAGGAGUCCAUCGCAGAGGUGUCGGAGAUGGAGCAGAUACGCAUCGAGUGGGAGCUGGAAAAGCAGCAGGGGUCCAAGACGCACCCGAUAAACAACGGCACACAACUGGAGCUGCGUGGCAAACAUGGCGGCAUGUCAGGAAUCCAGGAAGGAGAGGACAUUAGUGGACACAAUGCAGUGGAGGUGUCAAUUCACAACAGGCUUCAGACGUACCAGCUCAGCUCGAGUCCCGAGAGCGUGGCCCUUCUUAACCACCGGGGAGAGCUGCUCUUCCACCCGGGGCUAACCCAGGGCCCGGCGCCUCCACCUCAACAUCUGCAGCUGCGCUCGGCGGCCAGCACCCCCGCCCACCGGCCAUACCCCCAGACGCCGCCGUCGCCAUCGCCGCAUCCGCCGCCCGCCGUCAGCGUGGCCGAUCUGCGGCCCGAGACGCUCAUCCAGUGUCAGCAGAUCGUCAAGGUCAUCAUGCUGGACAACAGCGGCCACGCCCGCGUGGAGGCCUUCCUCAGCCACGCGCCCGCCCACCCACAUCCGCACCCCCACCGCUACCAGCACUACCAGCUCAGUCAGUCGGCCACGUCCACGCCGCUUCGCUCGCCCGACAACUCGCAAGGCGGCGGUGACGGCCACCAGCCCCCGCUCCCCCCGCCUCCGCCGCCGUACAACCACCCGCACCAGUACAUCCCCCCGGACCCUCGCCUCGGACUCCAUCGGACCCCCAGCGGGUCUCGGAGCAUGGUGUAAAUAGAAUUAAAGCCCCUUCCAGUACAUAAUGUACAUAAGAUCACACUUCUAUGCUUAUAUUUAGGAAAAUAUGCUUAGAUUUAAAGAAAUAUGAUGCAUAUAUAGGAUUUUACUUGACUACGCGUGUAUUUUCAAACACGUUUUUAGGACCGGUUUUAACACACGCUUGAUUAAAAGUCAACGCCAACCAGGAUGUGGGAGAAGAUAAGAUCACCUUCCUUCUUUCCUUCCUUUCUCGCUCCCUUCCUUCUUCCUCAUCCAAUACGCUUGUGCCAAAAAUAUCAACAAAAAAAGCCUCCACCGAAAUAAAAAGAACACAUGGCCAUGGCCAAGGCUUCAGAAAAGAACUAUUUUCCUUCCUCCUCAAGUAUGGAUUUAUUGGAUGGAUGCAAAAACUGAAAGAAAAAAAAAAAAGUUUCAUCAGACUCACUGUGGCCGCCAUGUUUUGCCAACUCUUUAUGUUGUUGCCAUCUACUUUGUCUGAGUGUGUUAUCUUUCUCAAUCUGCAGCCCUGCUUAUCUUUUUAGUCUGACAUUUAUCCCAAAAGGCAGGGAAACAAAAAAAAACAACAGCCUGUAGUGACAGCUGAUUUAAAAAAAAAAAAAAGGGCAAACAAACUGUUUUAUCUGAUCUAUUUCUGUGAGGUCCAAGCGUAGUUUGUAAAUAUCACAGGCUUCCCUAAUUUAGCCUCACAUGGCAUUAUCUUUUAUGCAUAAUAUAACACCCCCCUGCCGGGAAGCAGCAACUAGUCAACUUACAGGACAGUUUGACAUUACUAAAAAUGAUGUCAUGAAUAUUCCGGUCAAUAUUACCGCAUCUUAACACAUGACCAUUCCUCUAAAAUGUAACUUUGUGACCCGAUUAGUCACCCAAAUGACAAUUUCUAGCAAAGUCAAACUGUCAUGAUUAUUCCAAUCAGUUUUACAUGCAGUAAUGACAUGACUGCCUCUCUGAAAUCGGUCGCUCAACAUCAUCUUUUCUGCCUUUUUCACUCCACCUGACCUCCACUCCAUAGCAGCUUCCAGACCCAACUACUCAACUUAAAUGACGGUUUAACUAGAAAAUAUGUCAGGAUUUUUCCAGUCAGUUUUAUUGUGUAAUUACAUGACCAGAGUGACCCAACUUCAUGAUCGUUUUUGCACCACUAACUAGUCAAUUUGUCUUUUUUUAAAAUGUUAGGUGUCAAUUUUAUAGCAUCUCAAACGGCAGUAAUCACACUGAAAUAGGUCAUCCCAGAAAAGCAGCUUACAGACCCAACUAGUCACCCAAACAGUUUGAUCUUACUAGAAAUGAUGUCAUGAUUGUUUCAAAUUUACUGCAUAUAACACAAAGUAAUCACAUGAGCUUAGCUCGAAGUGAGUCGCCCCCGCCCCUGAAAAUCAGCUUCCAGACCCGACCACUGAACCUAAAUUACCGUUUGACAUUGCGAGGAAUGAUGUCAGCAUUUGUCCAGUCAAUUUCACCACAUAAUUACCUGAUUCAGAGUGAAGAGGGCCGUCCCCAUAAACCCAUCCCCCAGCCCAGAAAAGAAGCUGUCAGACCCGAUUAGUCAAUUUAUUCAUUUUAAAUAUUCAGUUGUCAAUUUCAUUGCAUUUUAGAUUUCAGUAAUUACACUAUCUUCACACCGAAAUGCGUCUCCCUCGAAAAGUACUUUUCAGACACAACUAGUAAUGGGGCGGUAUAGCUCGGUUGGUAGAGCGGCCGUGCCAGCAACUUGAGGGUUCCAGGUUCGAUCCCCACUUCCGCCAUCCUAGUCACUGCCGUUGUGUCCUUGGGCAAGACACUUUACCCACCUGCUCCCAGUGCCACCCACACUGGUUUAAAUGUAACUUAGAUAUUGGGUUUCACAAUGUAAAGCGCUUUGAGUCACUUGAGAAAAAGCGCUAUAUAAAUAUAAUUCACUUCACUUCAACCCAAAUAAGAAUAUUUAGAUCUUACUAGAAAUGACGUCUUUAAUAUUCCAGUCACAUUUACUACAUUUUAACUUUCACUCUGACGUGGAUCGCAGCUAUCAGGCCCAACUAAUCAAAUUAAAAGACAAAUUGCCGACGUCAAAAUGUGGCCGUAAGACGAUAUUCAGCCCGCUGCUCCGUUUUUUAUUGUCCCAUCUGAAUAUUCUGAAACUGUGAUUAGAUAAACACGAUUUAUUAUUAGAUGUUACACCAGUAGCUCGUAUUGUUUUGUUGCUUUAAAAAAAAAAGAAGUUUUUAUAGCAAAUACUAAUUACAUUGGAUGAAGUCCACUUAAUAUAAAAUAAUAAGUUAAAAAUGCACCCCAAGCAAAUAUAAAUACAGAGGUAAAUUUAUUUGUACUUAAUUAAACAUUGGAAUGUUAGUUGGCGCUGCAUGUUAUUCCAGUAUGUUUUUGUGCAUGAUUGAAUGAAGUGUGAUUAUGAUGAUCAUAAUUCUAACGCAGCAGUAAGAUGCACGGUGGCCAACGUCAGCUUCUUCCCAUCUUCCGUCCGUCCUUUUUGCUUUUCCCGGGAGAUGCUUUACAUGUGUGUAAAUGUGCGUGCAAGGGACGUUUCCACGGCAACCUAUGUAGCAUUUUGGGAGUCCCACGAAUAGCUGACUUCCACAUACAGGACACUGACCAAAGGGCUCUCCCAUACAAGUGCACUGCUUCAUCAAUGACUCCAAAAUAUUUGAGAACUUACAAGAUAGAAAGGAGAAGAAAAAAAAAGAUGUGAACGACAGGAAGUGGAGGAGAAAUGAGCCAUCAUCACUUCCUGUCAAAUUUCUCCCUUUGACCUGUCUCUGCGGUAUAUCAACAUGCUAUUAAAUAUGAUUCAAGUCUAUCCAGCAAUAUGUUUUGUUGUUUGAAGCGCCAUUCAUGCAGCUUUCAGAUGUUUGAGAGCCAUCCCACCUAAUUGCUUUGGGGUAUAAUUAUUUCAAAAUAAACUUCCAUUUAUGUCAUUUUUCAACUCCAAAUCUGACAAUAAGUAAACG